AUGUCAUUAGCUACUCCCACAGUAGAAGCUCAGGUGUCGCUCAGUGGUGCUGAAACUGCCAAAUACAUUUUCAGUUACACACCAGAAGAACCAGGGACUUUGGUUGUUACUGGUGAAGUUGCUUUAGAUUCAGCCGCAAUCAAUAUUGAACAAAUAGCGGCUUCACCAAAUUUGAAGGAAGUCUACGUUAAUUAUGGAGGCUCCCAACUGAAAGGGACUUGGAAGUACCAAGAUCCUUCCAAAAAACCAGCCAGAAUAGUGAUUUCAGGCUCUCAAUCUGGGGAAGUUUCAAAUACUUCAAUACUUUUUGAAGGAUCUUACACUUUUGCCAAUGGGACUUUGGUCGAAUUUUCAAAAGAGGCAAGUUCAUAA